AUGAUGGUAACAGGUUAUGUUUCUGCUGUGAAUUUGAGUGGCCAAACUAAUAUGAGAUACCUAGGGAGCUCAUAUUCCACCCAAAGAUCUGUUUUCCCUAUAAGUUUGCAAUGUAACUCUUCACUAGCAUCUGGAGGCAGUGGUUUCAUGGGUCAUCACUUGAAAUUUUCAAAUUCACUUGCCAUUGUAACAAGGCCCAGGAAGGAUGCUGGCUGUUUGCAGGUUAAUUGCAUGGACUAUCCAAGACCGGAACUUGAAAGUACUGUUAAUUUUUUAGAAGCUGCCUACUUAUCUUCAUCUUUUCGUAGUUCUCCUCGUCCAAGUAAACCAUUGCAAGUUGUUAUUGCUGGUGCAGGUUUGGCUGGUCUUUCUACUGCAAAAUAUUUAGCAGAUGCGGGUCACAAACCCAUACUAUUGGAAGCAAGAGAUGUUUUAGGUGGAAAGGUGGCUGCUUGGAAGGAUGAUGAUGGAGACUGGUAUGAAACAGGCUUACAUAUAUUCUUUGGAGCUUAUCCGAACGUGCAGAACUUGUUUGGAGAACUUAAUAUUAAUGAUCGGCUGCAGUGGAAGGAGCACUCUAUGAUAUUUGCAACGCCAACCAAGCCAGGAGAGUUUAGCCGUUUUGAUUUCCCUGAAGUUUUGCCUGCACCUUUAAAUGGAAUCUGGGCCAUCUUAAAGAACAAUGAGAUGCUGACUUGGCCAGAGAAAUUGAAGUUUGCUGUUGGUCUCUUGCCUGCAAUGUUUGGCGGACAGGCUUAUGUUGAGGCUCAAGAUGGUCGGUCUGUUAAAGAGUGGAUGAGGAAGCAGGGAAUACCUGAUCGAGUUACUGAUGAAGUGUUUAUUGCCAUGUCAAAGGCACUGAACUUCAUAAACCCAGAUGAGCUUUCAAUGCAAUGCAUUCUGAUAGCUUUGAAUCGAUUUCUUCAGGAAAAGCAUGGUUCCAAGAUGGCCUUCCUAGAUGGUAACCCUCCUGAGAGACUAUGCUUGCCAAUUGUUGAUCAUAUCCAGGCACUUGGUGGUCAAGUCCAACUCAAUUCACGAAUACAAAGGAUAGUGCUGAAUAAUGAUGGAACCGUGAAGCAUCUUGUACUUAAUAAUGGGAGUGUAAUAGAAGGAGAUGCCUAUGUAGUUGCUACUCCUGUUGAUAUCUUGAAGCUUCUUUUACCUGAAGACUGGAAAGAGAUUCCAUAUUUUAAGAGAUUGGAGAAAUUAGUUGGAGUUCCAGUGAUUAAUGUUCAUAUAUGGUUUGACAGAAAGCUGAAGAACACAUAUGAUCAUCUACUUUUCAGCAGAAGCCCCCUCUUGAGUGUUUAUGCAGACAUGUCUGUAACAUGUAAGGAAUAUUAUGAUCCAGACAGAUCAAUGUUGGAAUUGGUUUUUGCACCAGCGGAGGAUUGGAUAUCGCGGAGUGAUGUGGAAAUUAUUGAGGCGACCAUGAAGGAGCUUGCAAAGCUCUUCCCGGAGGAAAUUGCCGCUGAUCAGAGCAAGGCCAAGAUUUUGAAGUACCGUGUCAUCAAAACACCACGGUCAGUUUACAAAAACAUACCAAAUUGUGAACCAUGCCGGCCCUUACAAAGAUCCCCUAUAGAAGGGUUCUAUUUGUCUGGUGACUACACAAAGCAAAAGUAUUUGGCUUCAAUGGAAGGUGCUGUUUUGUCUGGGAAGCUUUGUGCACAGGCAAUUGUUCAGGAUUAUGAGUUGCUCCUUGCUCGGGCAGAAAGUAGUCCUGCCAAGGCAAACAUUUGCUAGCAACGUCGAACCUUUGAUGAUGGGAUUAAGGCA